GCUCCUCCCUGCCGCAGGUUUCCAAUUGAUUGCUACGGAGCUAAGGUGGGAGCUGAGGCUCAGAAAUCCAAUGCUGGUAGGUGGGCGCAUGCGCAACGCAGGCUCUCACAAGCUGGCCGGGGGCGAGCAGAGCUACCCAGAUACUUUUACCAUAUGAAGUUGAACAUGGCAGAAGAAGAGGACUAUAUGUCUGAUUCCUUCAUUAAUGCCCAACAAGACAUCAGACCAGGAUUGCCAAUGCUGAGGCAAAUCCGAGAAGCGCGGCGAAAAGAAGAAAAGCAACAGGAAGCUAAUUUGAAAAACAGGCAGAAGAGUUUAAAAGAAGAAGAACAAGAAAGACGUGACAUUGGAUUGAAGAGUGCACUGGGCUGUGAAAACAAAGGGUUUGCUUUGCUACAAAAGAUGGGAUACAAAAGUGGCCAGGCCCUUGGCAAGAGUGGAGGUGGUAUUGUCGAACCGAUUCCUCUCAACGUCAAGACAGGGAAAAGCGGCAUCGGUCAUGAGGCAUUACUGAAGCGGAAAGCAGAGGAGAAACUAGACAGCUACAGAAGAAAGAUCCACAUGAAAACCCAAGCCGAAGAAAAAGCCGCAGAGCAGUUUCGACUGCGAUUGAAACACAAGCAGGAUGAAGUGAAGCUGGAAGGGGACCUUAGAAGAAGCCAGCGAGCCUGCCAGCAGUUGGAUACGCAGAAGAAUAUUCAGGUUCCCAGGGAAGCAUGGUACUGGUUGGGACUUGAAGAGGAAACUGAGGAAGAGGAAGAAAAAGAAGAAGACGAAGAUGAAUACAAGAGUGAAGACUUGAGUGUCCUGGAAAAAUUACAAAUACUGACUAGUUAUUUAAGAGAAGAACAUCUGUAUUGUAUUUGGUGUGGAACAGCCUACGAAGAUAAAGAAGACCUCUCUUCAAAUUGCCCAGGACCAACUUCUGCAGAUCAUGACUAAGAUUAUUCUCAAUAAAGUAGAAACUUGGAAAAUGU